AUGGGGCUGCGCUCCAAGGCCGGCGGCGUGCAGCCUCCGCUCGUCGCGGGGGCCAGGGGCGCCGCGAUGCCACUCGCUCCGCCCGGCUCUGCGUCAGGAUCGGCUGCAGCGGCGCUCAGGAGCAAGCGCGGCCGCGUGGGGAAGCCUCGCUCGGGCGCCUACGUGCUGCUGGGCAGGUACCAGGUGGACCGGCUGCUGAAGCUCAAGGAGAGCAAUGCUCUGAAGGCGGCCAAGAAGGCGGCGGAGGCGGAGGCCAAGGAGGCAGUCGCCGCGGCAGAAGCAGACGCCAACCAUCGACUGCGCAACUCGCUGGUGCUGCGCUUCAGUAACGAGAACUCGUACCUGAACUGGGCGAGAAACGGCGUGCUGUCCUCGGCCGUCGGGGUGGCAAUGUACGCGCAGGAGCACCACCGCGGAGCUCAGUUGAGCGGCGCAGGCCUGCUGCUCCUGGGCUUCGGAUACAUUGGCGUGGGCACGGCAAAGUAUAUUUAUUACAUUUUCCGCUUCCGCCACGUCAUGGAGCUGUCCUGGGCAAGCGUCUUCGGAACGAUUUCCCAUGCGGCGUGGGGGCUGGCAAUCUGGCUGACGGCAGUCGCCUCCUUCCUGGUGCGUGGCCUGUGA